CUUCAGUAUAUUCGACGCUGUCAUUUACACACGUCAAAAAUGGAGGAGGAACGUCUUUUCGAUGAAAGAGUUUCAAUUCGAGAUUCAGCUCGCCCACUUAAAAAAUAUGGAAGUACUUGUAACCACAUGAAAAGGAACGAAGAAUAUAUCAAGCAUGUGAUGUCAAAAGGCGAUACCCUGCAAGGGCUCGCGCUCAAAUAUGGUGUUACCAUGGAGAAAAUUAGGCGGGCGAAUCGUUUGUUUGCAACGGACAGUUUGUUUUUACGGGAGUACUUAUUGAUUCCCGUCACCAAAGAUUCUCCUUUCUACGAGAAUGGUGAGCGUGUGACGGAGUUGCCACCGCCAAAUCAUCGUGCGUCUAUCGCGGGCAUGCCCACUGGAGAUUUCUCCCCAGGCAGCCCAGACGAGAAGAAAAGCUUUGACGAGUUCCUGAAUAGACUGGACUCCUCACUGGCUGAUAUCAAGAAGCAUGUUGAGAAGACCAAGGAAACUAGCGAAUUCGUGAAAGACCUGGAGGAUGGUUUCGUCCGCCACCGGCCGACGGCGCGACUCCGGCAGUCUGCGUCCAUGGGUGCGUCUACUUCGUACAAUGAAGUGAUACCGCCUCCGUUGCCUCCGCCGCCGGUGGGUCUCACCCAGGGUAGGCGGGUGGAUACCUCCCUCAGGCGUCUGGAGCGCACUCAUGAUGACCUCUUCCAAUUGUAGCGGCCGAGGCAGCGCAGGUAUGCGCGGUUACAAUGAACGCGAUGAGCCUGCGCUGUGCUGACGCCACAGCGGUCGGUCGUCGACGGUCACGGCAGCGGUCGCGUCGCGCGAUCGUGUCGCGCGAUCGUGUCGCAGAUCGCAGUCGCACUGAACACUCAAGUACAGUCGGUGAGUCGUGAGGGCACUAAGUGAUAUUAGAUUAUUAUAUUCUUAAUAUUAUUGUGCAUAAUUUAAAUAAAAUCUUUAAUAACCAAACAGCUAUAUGGUUUAGUCAGGAUUUUUAUGAAUCUGUAAAGACUUUUUAUUAUCUUUGGCCUACAUCGUAGUGCGAGUAAAAUAGCUUCGGUUUUGUUAUACCUACAGAAAAUUGGUUUAAAAUCCAUCUACAAUUUCUUAAAAUACUGACAAUAAACGCUUUUCUAUCGCAGUGCAGUGUAGGCUUCUCAAUCCUGACUAUAAAAUCAUUAUAGUAUAAUCAUCCAAUAUUCAUUGCACUUUAGGAAACUCAUAAUAUACCACUUUUGACGUAGUUGGGUAAUCUGAUAUGAUGACCUGUUUACUAUCAUAUAUUAAUUAUGCGCGUCAAUGAGUGUAAUUAAUGAAAUAUGUAGGUAAAAGUGUUUAUAUACGCGAACUGAUAAUAUAAUAUAACCUACAUAAAUAAGAAUUGAUAUGAAAAUCAGUGUCGAUAGCAAAUGAUCUAGAUUUUGGGACGCAUUGCGGUUACAUUGGUUAUAUUAUAUGAAAAUUUAUAUACAAGUUUUAGUUAAUAGUUAAAUAUCUUUCUCUUCAUUUAAUUGUACACAUACCAUUUCAUUUGGGGUCUGCCCUCCUAGUAACAUUGAGCUACUCUACUUAAUUUGAAUCCCAGAAUUAAAGUUUUUUUUUAUAUUUUUCAUGCUGAUAUGCAUUAUAAUCAAGUGUUAUUUUAACUACGUAAUCAUGAUACACGAAAUGUAUAAUUUUAUUACAUUGAAGCAAAGGAUCAAAGAUCAAGUAUGAAAAAGAAAAAAUAAAAAUAUUUAUUCUUCACUAGCCCAUCAGGUGUCAUACAUAACACUAGUGUAUACAAAAAAACUAGUAAUUAUUAUUAAGAAAACGAAAUGCUACACUUGUAAGUCGUAAUUAUACAAAAAUCUCCAUAUCCACAAGCCCCAAAAAGUCGGCAACGCACUUGUAACUCCUCCGAUGUUGCGGGUGUCCAUAGGUAGCACCGAUUGGUUACCAUCAGGUGAUCUGUAUGCUCAUUUCUCGCCCUAUUCCAUAUAAAAAAUCUAAACUUUCUUUCACAUAAUAAACAAAGUAUAUGUUAAUUUAAUAUACUUGUAGUAAAAAUAUGAAUAAGAAAUCUCAGCCUCACGCGACUCAUCGUCUCAACGUGAUAUAUAACUAUGAUACAUAAUAAUAUAACGUUUUAUUGUAAUAAUAAUUAUGUAUAUCGAUAAUAUUAUAUUGUAGCUACUGGGGCUUGAAAACAUGUGGUCAAUGUUGUAAAGAGGUCUAACAGAUUUUAAUUUGCGAUUUAAAUAUCUAUUAAAGGUAAGCGUUCGCAGGGCCGCAUCAUCAUUUGUGUCUUUAGGCUUAAGUCAUUCUGUCUCCUGCAUUAAAUUCACCGAGGGAAAUGGAAACUAUCGUUUUCUUUUCUUCUCCUCUAAUAAUAUCUUCUGAUUUAUUUCGUUGCGGGAUCCAAGACAGUCAUUCAUGUCCCUGGGACGCGCCGGACUUCAAUGUUCCGGUGUUUUCAUGGUUGUAUCUACUGUAGAUCCUGGCUUACAGGAGUUGCAGCGGUGUGGGAGGUUGUGGCGGGCUUGUCCCAUAAAAACAAAAAAAGGGCCGCAUCAUACACAUCGCACGGAACGUACGCAUUCCGUAUGACGUCAUCAGUACGCAUCGCAUGUAGGCAUUGCUGAUGAUGCAGUCCGUACGAUGCGGAUCAGUGGACGCAGUUGUAUGAGUUUCUAUACAAGACAAACUAAAAUCCGUUGUGUGCGGUGCGUCCGUUGCGUACGAUGCGGGCCUGUGGACGCGUACCUUAAAUGUGUAGUUUAUUAGUAAACUCUUAUGACACCCGCAAGAAUAAUAAAGGUGGAGAUAAAUGUAUUCUAUUUUGUAGUCACUAGACGACAAACGAAUCUGAUCUUUAGUUACAUUAAUUUACAGAUGAUUUUUGACCACAUGUUAUCGAGUACCUAUAAAACGUCCCUAUACCCGUUAUACAUAGUGUAUAAAUGAACUAUAUAAAUAACUCGUGAGGCACUAAAUACAUAUGUACGUGUUGUUGAGCUUAAUUUGUAUGUAAAAAUAAAUAAAUAACAUAAAUAACUUAGCGGUAAAUAUAGUGUAAGUUAUAAUUUGUAUAGUUUAAAGAGUGUACAUGUUUAAACCGUUUGUAUGUUACUGCUUUUAUUGAUGUGUAAAUGUGUAUAAUCAGAGUAAUUGAUAGAAAAUUUUAUAGAUAGUUUGUAAUGAAAAUGUCCUAUCCAUGUAUCGUGUUAACUACUCUAUAUGUAUAUCCUGUUUAUAGUCUAUAUUUGAUGUCUAUUUAGUCGUGACAAUGUUGUAAAGACCAUCUGUACCUCUACCAUGAGUUUGAAGCAAUAGUAUUUGUCGAUAGUCGCUAGCGACGACGUACAUUUUUUUGUAUGGCAAAUUUUAGUUCCACAGGUGACCGGUAGAGGCGUUGUAAAAUUUGCCAUACAAAAAAUUUACGUCGUCGCUAGCGACUAUCGACAAAUACUAUUGCUUCAAACUCAUGGUAGAGGUACUCAGUACUGUUAUCCUUUGCCAUCGACUACAGUGUUAUAUUAUAGUCUAUGUACUAUAUCAUGUUAUAUAAUGUAAAUAUUAGUUAUUUCUGUCACAAAAUAUAAUAAAUAUGAACAAAUUAUAACUAUACAGUCCUAAAUAUGAAAAUAUAAAGUAAUUAUCGUUUAGUAGCAUCCAAAAUCGGUUUAAAAAGUUCUACAUUUCAAUUAAUUCUCUUGAUUCUUCGUGCAAAAAGGAGUGUUACAAAAUUGCCGCCAAAACGUUUCAUAUUGACGUUGUCAAUGUCAUAAGUGACAGAUCGAGCACAGAUAAUUAACACUAAUUCAUGUAUUCAGCCUGUUGGUGGCAGGUAGGAGAAAAUAACUUUGGGAAAUUUCAUAAAAGUCUACAUUUUUAACUUCGUAUAAAUAUGAGUCAACGAGUUUUAAAUUGUUUUGUUUGGUAUGUUGUCGUUUAUACAUUUAAAAAAGUUAAGGACUGUUUGUAAUAUACUUGUAUCAUGAUAUGCAGACUAAGUAUGGCGGUCCAUUUAAAAGUCUGUGGUUCAGACUUUCAUUAUGUAUGUUAUGCCAAAUAGAGUUGUUCGAUAGAAUUGAUAGUUUUGUUCUUGAUGCCAAUGUUAAAGAAAACAAUGCUGAUUUUUAUAAUCUUAUGUAAGAGAUGGACAUUUUAUUAGUUUGCAUUUUUUAACCUUGUGAUUGUUACAUUAACGCUUAAUUUGGACAGCAUUACAGAAUGUUUGCUAACAUAUGACGUACUAGAUUAACUCAACAUAACGGUUUACUAGCGUAAAUUAAUGGAGAAAUCUCUACUAGUUUCGAGUCACAGAGGGACUCUUCAUCACGAGCAGCGUGCGCAGACGCGGCAACGUCGCGCAGCCUACUGACUGCGCACGCUGCGUUCAUACUAAAGAGUCCAAACACUGUAUGUGCAUAGCAUCUUAGGUUCUGUUCUACUUCAAAUUGGCAUCUAGAAUAAACAUUUCAUAAAAAAACAUUUGGAAAAUACGAGUAUAGUGUAUCUUAAUUAUUGCGGUUAAAGUUUACGAUAUCAGUGCCUUGUGAUAGCUAAUGAUACUUCCAAUAGACUAGCGGUAGCAGCUAUAAAGUAUAAUGUUCAACUUCUGACUAAAGAAUUGACGUCCUAUUAACGAAUAUUUGACAAUAGAACUAAUGGGAUCUAUCGUUUUUGCACUCAGGAGGUGGCGCCACUGUCGAAUAAAGUCUCCUCAAUCCUGAAAGUCCUAAAGCCAAUUUUUUAAAGGUAUUUCAAUUUGACCUGACAUUUUUUUUAUUUAAUUAAUCAUAUCACCUCUCGGUCAUUUAAGUGAAGAUUGCAUAUAUUUUUAUAGAAGUGCUUUUUCAAUUAAUGGUAGACUUAUUCUACACUAGCGCCCUCCGCGGUUAGUUUAAGUACGAAAGUUCUCAGUAGUUCCAGAAACAUAGCAACUUAACAUGAUUUUCCACGGUGUGAGAUAUAGACGAGUAUGCAUAUUUUAAUAAUGAUUUUACACUGUAAUUAUAGGCGUAUAAAGAUCAAAUUUGCUAAUCAACCAAGAUUUAAUAAGUUGUUGUAAGCAGAAUGCAAUAGAGUUCAAUCUUGUUUGACGAAUUUGCGUGAUUAUUCGUACGAGCACCGUGGGGAACUAGCUUUUAAAAUAUAUUCAAUAUCGAAUCUAAAGUAGGUUGCAGAUAUUUUUAAAUAUUGUGAAUGCCGUCUCAUUCAUGCUAUAUAUUGUUGCAUAAUAAAAAGAAAAAAAUGUUUACUUUAUCUAACUACAUUUCUGAAGUAUCUACUUUUUAUUUCUUUAUUAAUUUUCAAAUGUUUCGCAGUUAAUAUUUUAGCGAAACAGUUUUAUUUUCAGAAGUUUUUUUUUAGUUCUUUUGAAUAGGUAAAGUUAUUUAUUUGGUUCUAAAUUCAGUAAACGAUGGAAAAUAUUUUGUAGAUUACACAACACACGAAUAUUAUGUUUUACUGUAAUUACUGGUGCUAAUAUAAGUUGUCAUUAUCCAACUUUUAUUCAAUAAAAUAAACAGUAAGUGAUCGCUUCAAAAUUGAAAACUUUCUUCUCUAAAAUGUGAACAACAAAUGAAUGUAAGUUACAUUUAAUAUAAUAAGUGUAUAUCCUUCUGGCCUUGUAAUAUAUAUUUUAAAAUAUGUAAUAAAGAGUUUCUAGUCUUGUGUAUAUUAUUGGGGUUCUUAAAAUGUAGCCAGUUAGCCUAUGUUUACAUGGCAAGCAUUGAUAACGCGUGACAACUACAUACAUACAUACAUACUACUACUAUACAUGUGACAUUUCGUUCACAUGCCCCAAACGCCUGGAUAAAAUGCAUUUAGGUAGUUGUAAGCGCGCGUAGUUGUUAACGAGACGCGCGCUUAACGCUUGCCGUGUGAACAUAUGCUUAUGCUUGACUUUAUAUUUUAAAUGUAGGAUGGUUUAUAACUUCUCCCUCUGUUGAAAAUCUUCUUUAUCUUUUAGAUAAAGGAAUAGAGAGCUAUGGCACAAUUUAGGAACCCCUGAAUAAAUAAAUAUCUUAUAAAAAAAGUUUAACAUGUUAUAAUGUAAUCCAUUGAGUUAUGAAUGUGAUUUUCCAAUAAAUACCAAUUUAUUGAUAUAAUUAUAGCAAAAUUUGGACGUCUAGCAUAAGUCGAUUGUAAAUUUUUGUAUAAAAUCGUUGUUUAGUGUGUCAAAAUUGUAUAAUAGCGAACAAUUUGUUAAACCUUUCAUUUGCCGAUUAGUGUAUGCUUUUUAUUAUCAACCUCUUUUUAUUUAUUUAUGCUAGUUAAGCUUUAAUAAAUCAUAUUUUAUUACUCGUUU